AUGUGGCAAUGGGGACUGACACAGGGUGCCUCCGCCUCGCCCCACCUGCCCGGCUGCUGCGGCUGCUGCUUCCUGCUGCUCGUCCUCGUGUCCUCCGUCCCCGCCACCUGCCAAGCCCGCGGGCAGGCCAUGGUGCCGCCGCCGGAGGCCACCAACGCGUCCUCCUCAUCGUCCUCCUCCCUCUCCUCCUCUUCCUCCUCCUCCUCCUCCUCGUCGUCGUCGUCGUCGUCGUCCUCCUUCUCUCCUCCCAGCGCGGGGAGGCAUGUGCGGAGCUACAACCACCUCCAGGGCGACGUGCGCUGGAGGAAGCUCUUCUCCUUCACCAAGUACUUCCUCAAGAUCGAGAAGAACGGGGAGGUCAGCGGCACCAAGAAGGAGAACUGCCCGUACAGUAUCCUGAAGAUAACUUCAGUUGAAAUCGGAGUUGUUGCAGUCAAAGCCAUUAACAGCAACUAUUAUUUAGCCAUGAACAAGAAGGGGAGACUCUAUGGCUCAAAAGAAUUUAACAAUGACUGUAAGCUGAAGGAGAGGAUCGAGGAAAAUGGAUACAACACCUACGCAUCCUUCAACUGGCAGCACAAUGGGAGACAGAUGUACGUGGCGUUGAAUGGAAAAGGAGCUCCCAGGAGAGGACAGAAAACUCGCAGGAAAAACACCUCCGCUCAUUUCCUUCCAAUGGUCGUGCACUCAUAG